AUGGCCGGCGGCGCAAUGAAAUAUCGCCAUCUAGGCCGAAAAUCCUCGCACAGACAAGCUCUCCUCCGAAAUCUCGUAACUUCCCUCUUCACGCAUGAAUCCAUCACGACAACCUGGGCCAAGGCCAAAGAGGCACAGCGACUAGCUGAGAAGCUGAUCACCCUUGGAAAGAAGAACACCGAAGCCAGCAAGAGAAGAGCUCUGUCUAUUUUCUUCACCCCCCAUGAGCUCCUCCCCAAACUCUUCGGCCCCCUCCGUGACCGCUAUCUCAACCGUCCAGGCGGCUACACCCGCGUCCUGCGCAUCGAGCCCCACAAACCCGACCAAGCGCCCUCCGCCAUCCUCGAACUCGUCGACGGCCCGCGCGAUAUGCGCUUCGCCAUGACCGCCAAAACCGUCGCUCGACGUCGGGCACAGGGCAUGGAAAUCAACGAGUUCACGGAACGGAAUGUCAAGAAGGUGACGCGGUACAGGAAGGAUGGCGCCGAGGCGCUGGAGAAGGAGGUUCAGAAGGCUGAGGAGAAUCUGCGGACGCAGGGUUUGUGA